AUGAAUGGGAGGUCAUGCAGUAUGAGCCACUGGACAACAGGUAUUCCUUAUGGACCUAGAAUGAUCAGUGGACAGCAAAUCCUACCUAUCAGAGUUCAUGCAGGAGCACCCUGCCUAUCUUCAAAUAGCAGCAGCCCAAGCCCAGUUUUUGGAAACUUGUCUGCCAGCCUGCACUUAAAGAUGCCCCUUGGAGGAGUGAUAUCUCCUCAGAGCAAAGCCACUGACAGUACUAUUAACUUUCCUGUUAGAAGUAUCAGGAAACAAGUGGUUGGUAUGUCUUUACUGCAAGUCCCACAGCCCCCAGGACUGCCAGUCCCUCAGACUUUAAAGCCAAAACAGCAAGAAUUUGGAAAUACAUUCUCCCCAUGUACAGGUGAAGGAGGUCUUGGCUAUGGACAUCAGUUCAAGUCAAUUGGAAAAGACAGAUGCAGUAAUGUAGUAGUCACCGACAGUCCCAUGAGAGUUCAACAGCUGAGACCUGUUUCACCUCCUGCUAACCAGGUUUCAACAGCAUGCAACCAGAUCAGCCCUGUCUUACAGAGGUCUAUGGAUGCUUCCAGCCUGAGUGCUUCUCCAUCAGAUACAAGGUUGUUCUUGUCACUUGAGUCUCUGGCCUGUACGACAUUAAGCUUGUCAGAAAGUCAGUCCACUCUGAGUCUUAAGCAAGAGUGGCCACAUGGGUACAGGACACUUCCUUCUGUUCCUCCUGACCAACGUUUACAAAAUGGCAGUGAACUGGGGGACUUACUAAGUCUUUCACCUGUAACAUCUGUGCCCAGUAACUGUGUCUCUGACUCAUUACCGUCCUACUUACAUGGCAUGGAAAAUAGUCAUUCCUCUUACUCCAGUCCUCGCCAUUCCUUGGCACGGUCUCAAUCGGCCCGAUCCAAAAAGAGAGGACUCUCUCUCUCUCCUGUGUCACACAGCAUUGGGAUCGACUUCAAUACCAUCAUCCGUACCUCCCCGACCUCUCUGGUGGCCUACAUCAACAGCUCCAGGACUUCACCAGCAAAAGUCUCCCUGCAGCCUGAGGUCUAUGGGCAUUUUCUGGGAGUGAGAGGAAGCUGCAUACCCCAGAGCUGCUCUAUUCCAGCUGCCCAGAAAGGCCUUCUCAUGGCUAAUGGCAACAUCACCUUUCCGGGGUGCGCUGAGAGCGGGGUUGGUGAGUACCAGCGGAUGCAGCAGCUGGAGCAAGCCAGCCUGCAGGCAGCUGCCACAAGUAACAUGAUCAUCCAGCAAAUUGUGCCGUUUGUGGACAACCAGGUGGUGAGUGUCCUGAAAAAUGAACAGCUUGUUGAGUUCGCAGGCCAUAUGGUCGACAUGCCUCCUCCACCCCUGCUGCUGCCACCUGCUCCACAAGGGCCACCCCCACCAUACCAUGCUCACCAGCACCAGCAUCCACACAGCCUCACCAGUCACAUCCACCCUUUGCCCAUGCCUCCAUCUGCCCCAGGCUCCCUGCUUGAUGAAGACAGUGAGCUCGAUGAUAUCAGUGGCAAGCACGGCUGUCGCUGGGGUGACUGCAAUGCCUGGUAUGACCAGCAAGAGGAACUUGUGCGGCACAUAGAAAAGAUGCACAUAGACCAGAGGAAGGGAGAGGACUUCACUUGCUUCUGGGUAGGCUGCCCACGAAGGUACAAGCCAUUUAAUGCUCGUUAUAAACUGCUAAUUCACAUGAGGGUCCACUCAGGAGAGAAGCCAAACAAAUGCACAUUUGAGGGCUGCAAGAAAGCCUUUUCCAGACUAGAAAAUCUCAAGAUUCACUUAAGGAGCCAUACAGGUGAAAAACCAUACCUGUGUCAGCACCCUGGCUGCCAGAAAGCAUUCAGCAACUCCAGCGACCGUGCCAAGCACCAGAGGACACACUUGGACACUAAACCUUAUGCAUGUCAGAUUCCAGGAUGUGCUAAACGAUACACAGAUCCAAGUUCCCUGAGAAAGCAUGUGAAAGCCCAUUCUUCCAAAGACCAACAAGUCAGGAAAAAGUUGCGAUCGAGCUCAGAGCUUGGCCAGGACAUCCUGAAUGACUGCCUCACAAUCCCACCCCUCCAGACAGCCCUGUCACCACAGGAUGCUGCAGAUAAUACCAUGGGAUGCUCUCCAGGGCCUGCUCAUGAUAUUUACCCAGCAGCUAUGUUCAGCAGCACACAGACAAGUCGAAGUGGAACAGCAGCUGGGGCAGUGUCCUUGUCCCACCGCAGCAGCCACCCCUCCCCAGGACAUAACAUACAGGGUAGUCCCCUCCAUCCUCAACCCCAGUUACCUCUUCUCUCAGCUGUGGACUCAGAGAGGUUUGCAGCUCCAGCUCCUUCUCCUCACCACAUCAGCCCCCAGACAAUUUCAGUUCCACAUCUCAGAAUGCAGAGACGGACUCUGCAGUCUCCUCACCUACAACAGCCUGCAGGAAAAAAAACAUCCCAGCCAGCAGCAAACACUUCUUGUCAACUAAACAGCCCCCACAUCCAAGGUUUUUAUGGACAGCUUCAGACUUUCUGCCCUCCACAUUAUGCUGACACUCAGAAGAACAUACAACAUGAUGUUUCUUGCAAUGUGGUUCCUACUUUUGAAGACUGCUUAAUUCCCACAUCAGUGGGACAGGCAGGGCUUGGCAUUUUCCAUCGAACUUUUUCAGCUCAUACUGGUAUUACAGUUUAUGACUUUCCAGCAGGGUCCACAACUAUCUUUGGUGAGUCAGCUCACAGCAUUCCGGAGGAUAGCACUUUUCUACAAGUAAAUGCAGUGGAUUGUUGCCCUAGCCAGCUCUCCUCUAUCUACACUGAAGGCUGA